GACGACUCCCUUGCCCACAAUUGAUGUUUUACGUGCGUUUGCCAUUCGUUCUUGCUCGCUCUUUUUUGAGUUCUCGGGUUCUCCCCCGUCGUCAUACUGGCAUGAUGGACCAUGACUCCCUUUGCCCACAAUUGAUGUUUUUCGUGUGUUUGCCGUUCGUUCUUGCUUGCUCUUUUUUCAGUUCUCAGGUUCUCCCCGUUAGUCAUACUGGUACGAUGGACCAUCCGGAUCUCUGCAGUAGUCAUACCGCCGCCCAAGGCCCAACCCAGAAACUAAUUCGUUGGCUAUCAUUCAAAUGGCUUAAAGCCCGUUUGGGCCUUUGGGGUUACUAUGCAAAAGCCCCGUCCAAUUCUCCAAACAAUAAUAUGGGCCUUAAUAGUGACAAUUUUGAAACCUCUAAAACCCAACUUCAUGUCAAUACCCACGGCCCAGCCCAAUAUCUGGUUAAACUAUGGUCAACCGGGUAUCCACAUGUCCAAACGGGUCCAAUACAGGUCGUGUACUGCCGAUGGCUGUUACGGCCGGAGAACGGCUGGGAAAGGUGCUCCUCGGUCCGGUGAUUCCAUUGGUACCAUCGGCGUGCCAAAACAUGGAGGCGAGAAGCUGCGGUGGUCCGUGGCUUCCAGGGGAUUUUCCGGUAGAUCCCGUGGUUGUUGUCGGUCGGUGAGGGCUGAUAUGGGUCCCUGCUGAUGUGGAGCUUCGUUUGGCAUAGGUGGAGGUCGGCGACAUGACCGGACGGAACAGGUCAGUUUCUGGUUUGGGCGGCAUGGGUAGAGAAGAGAGGAGGGGAAGAGAGAAAA